CCAGAGACUUGAAGGAUGGCCUCCUCGGAUCUGGAACAGUUAUGCUCUCAUAUUAAUGAAAAGAUUGGCAAUAUUAAGAAAACUCUGUCAUUAAGACACUGCGGCCAAGAACCUACCUUGAAGACUGUAUUAAAUAAUAUAGGUGAUGAGAUUAUUGUAGUAAAUGAACUUCUAAAUAAAUUGGAAUUGGAAAUUCAUUAUCAAGAACAAACCAACAAUUCACUCAAGGAACUCUGUGACUCUCUUGAAGAAGAUUACAAAGAUGUGGAACAUCUCAAAGAAAACAUCCCUUCUCAUUUACCUCAAAUAACAGAAACCCAGAGCUUUGAUAAGGGAUCAAAUCUUGUCCCUGAAGAACCAGCCAAAGUUGAGGAACCAGCACCCACAAAGAAGCCCUCAAAAGAACAAAGAAGUAUUAAAGAAAUGCCAUUUAUAACUUGUGAUGAAUUUAAUGGUAUUCCUGCAUACAUGAAAUCCCGCUUAACCUAUUAUCAAGUUAAUGAUGUUAUUAAAGAAAUCAACAAGGCAGUGAUAAGUAAAUAUAAGAUCCUCCACCAAUCAAAAAAAUCUAUGAAUUCUGUAACCAGAAAUCUCUAUCACAGAUUUAUUGAUGAAGAAACAAAGGAUACCAAAGGUCAUUAUUUUAUAGUGGAAGCUGACAUAAAGGAAUUCACAACUUUGAGAGUUGACAAGAAGUUUCACAUGUUACUGAAUAUUUUACGACAUUGCCGGAGGCUGUCGGAGGUCCGAGGGGGAGGACUUACUCGUUAUGUUAUAACCUGAGACCCUUGUGAGUUUUCGAACAAAAAACAGUAGGUUCUAGAGGCUAUUCCUAGAAUUUUCUUAUAUAUACUUUCUUAGCUUUUUCAUUUUCCAUUCUUGUUUC